AUGUCGCUUCCUGAGCGCACCCUCAACCUUGAAGCGGAGGGGAGGCAAAAGUACAAUGAGCUUCGGGAUCAUAUCCUGGAGCAGACACAGACUAAGAAAAAGCCAACCCAAUCGGUGGGAGCUGGACCAAGUACAGGAACGCCAAAGUCUUUCGCAAAGACAGAGGGAAAGCCUCAGCCUCCAAAAGUGACCACAGCAAAAGCGGCGCAAGCCAAGAAGGCUGCUGGUAGCUCUGGUACUACAUCAAAGUUCCCACAAACUAUAAAUUUAACCGCCAAUUCCCCGACCUCUACGUCUCCCCACUCGUUCAGCGCGUCUUUUCACAUUCAACUCGGUGGACAUUCACUAGAAGUACCGAUCACCCCCGACGCCACGAAAGGAAAGGGCCCAUCUGUUCCUCGCUCCAAUUUCCCUCCGAAACCAACUGCUGCCACAGCAUCCAGCAGCGCAUCGCGAAAGCGGGCCUAUUCCCCUGAGAUUGUCGAACUCGCCAGUGCACCUCAGAAGCGCGCAAAACCUUCCAACGACGCAGGUUUUGAAUGGAUCGAGGGGAUCUAUCUUCUCAGCUCGCCUUCUCUGACGGAAAGGCUGAACGUACCCGAUGACGGGCUCGAGUUAACAGUGCGCAUGGACAGCGCAAACGAACUCUUUGGAGCGUUCAAGUUGCAUCUCAUUAAUGGCGUUGUUCGCUCUUCAGCGGACGUAGAGCCUCGUGCGGACGGUGCGAGUGGCAAAGUCGUGUGGUGCGGGCAUAGUGGGUUAUUCAAUCCAUCCAGCGAUGUCUACCCGCCGAGGGAGUCAAUGAGAGGUGUCCUUCGUUUCACCCAAAGGAAGAGAGAUGGGAAGCAUACGCUCAAGGGUAAUCUGGAAGACGUACCGGACAUUGGUAAAUUGGAGUUUACUGGCGAGAGAAUCUCUGAAGGGCAACCCGUUCAGCACCUUUGGGAGGACUUUGCAGACAUGUCCGUUGACGGGUCCCAGCUCGCCUGA